AUGAGAAACCUGACCUGUGUUUUUGUGACUGUUUGCAUCAGCCUCAUAGGGGAGAAGAACUCCAUUCUGCAGCUGAGAGAGGAGCAUGGUGUUGCAUAUCGGCGUGCCUUUCCUGGCUGCCAGCUGAUUGACUGGCUCCUUCAGAACGGAGAAGCAGAGAGCCGGCGUCGGGGCGUGGAGUUGUGCCGUGCAUUGCAGGAGCAUGGAAUCAUUCAGCAUGUGGCAAAUAAACAUGACUUCUUCGACAGUGGACUACUCUAUCAGUUCUGCAUCAAUUUUCGCCGAAGACGCCGACUAUCUGAACUUUUAAAUGAAGGUGAGCAAGACGACGACACUGAAAGUGUGGCGGUGUCGACACAACAAAACAACCACUCGGACAGUCCAUUUGUUGUGCGCAAAAACUCACCCCAGGAGGGCAGCAGUGCUUUCCACUAUGUGGGGUCAAGUACAGACCUGAAACCAGCGCAGGGUGGGCGCAGGGGAAGCUUGAAUUCCCUUCAGCUUCACUCUGCUGGAUUUCCACCUCUGGCCCAGUUAUCCUCCGCCUCAGUGGUGAGAUGUAACCCUAAAUCAGUCCUUAAAAGACAUUUCACAUGUGAAGAAUUAUUGGCGCCUGGUGCUCCCUUCAUCAAGAAAGUGUUGACGGUGAUAGGAGACCCCCUGGGCUGGGGCUUUGUCGUCAGAGGCAGGGCUCCCUGUUAUGUUCAGGCCGUUGACCCUGGAAGUCCAGCAGCAGCUGCUGGAGUGAAGGUGCAGCAGUUUGUGUGCCAGGUGAACGGACAGUGUGUCCUCGACCUGGACUACAGGACCAUGACCAGACUGGUGAUGACUGGACCUCGCAUUGUUGUACUAGAAGUGAUGGAACCACUGGAAUGACAACAACUCGUCAUCACCUCUGAUUCUUUUGGCAUCAGCUGGAUUUUAAAUGUCAUGUUGUUGAACAGAUUUCUGAGGGGGCAGAGGUCAUGAGCCCAUUGACGGAAAACAAACAAAUCAGAGAAAUGUUUAUCGGAGCAAGAUUGAACAGUGCAAAUGGUUGUGUUUUUACGAUCCUGAAUGAGCGAACAAUAAUGUAUGUUUUUAUAACAGAAAAUAAAGCAUUGUAGUAAGAG